GCGUUGCACUGCGCAUCCUCCCUCCCUCCCCACCGCCUACUGCUGCAGCCUUUCUCCCUCCAUCCUUUCAUCCUCUCCCCCUCCCACCCCGUAUCGCCCCCCCUGCGUCUCUCCCUCCUGCAUCCCUCCCUCCUGCAUCCUUCCCUCCUGCAUCCCUCCCUCCUCCCCUCCCUCCUUCCCUCCCUCUCCCGGCGCAGAGCCGCGGACAUGGCGCUCAGCAAUUUCCUCUUCGCUCAGUGCAUCUGCUACUUCCUGGCCUUCCUCUUCAGCUUCAUCGUGGUGGUGCCUCUCUCCGAGAAUGGCAACGACUUCCACGGCCGGUGCCUGCUCUUCACCGAGGGCAUGUGGCUCAACGCCAACCUGACAGUGGAGCGGCAGCGCUUCACCGUGCAGGAGUGGGGGCCCGAGGCCGCCUGCCGCUUCAGCAUCUUCACCGGGCUCCUCUCCCUGCUGCUGGCCACAGUGCAGGCCUGGAGGACCCUCUUCUUCCUCUGCAAAGGGCACGAGGACUCUUUCUUUUACGCCUUCCUGAAUCUGCUGAUCAGCGCCUUUGUGGUGUUCAUCACAUUUAUUGCUAGCACUAUAGUGAGUGUAGGAUUUAACAUGUGGUGUGAUGCAAUUACCGAGAAAGGAAGCAUGCCAAAUAGCUGUGAAGAAUUGCAGGAUAUAGAUCUUGAACUGAACUUGGAAAACUCUGCUUUCUAUGACCAGUUUGCUAUUGCACAGUUUGGUCUCUGGGCUGCCUGGCUGACUUGGCUGGCAAUUACCAUUCUGGCUUUCCUGAAGGUUUAUCACAACUACAGACAGGAGGACCUGCUAGAUAGCCUGAUCCAUGAGAAGGAGCUGUUGCUAGGAAGAUCCGCUUCACGAUCCUCUUUGCAAGAUGAGAAAAGUGGCAUGAUCUAAAGUGUAAGCAGAUUUCUAGGGCAGGAUCUAGAUUUUAUUAUUCAGUAGGGUAAGCUGAAGUUGAAUCAGGGUGUUGAGUGUGUGAGAUCUUUCCUGAAAAGAGAUGCACUUGUGAAUCACCCACUUCCUCCAUGAGAAUUUUUUGGUAGAAAUACUUGUAUUAGGAUACAGAGAAUGAACUGCCCUAUGUGCCUUUGGCACAGCAAACUUUCUGUCCUAUGCAGGCACAAUCUGGAACCUGCUCUUGCUAACAGAGCUUCUACAUGUCAUUACUGGCUUUUGGGACAGGGGCCAUUUUUGAGGACUGAGCUGGCAAGACCAGGCUACAGCAUUAAGGCUAUUUCUUCAAACAGCUCUUCUCUCUCUCUCCUCCCUUUUGCCAGUAAAGCUGCCCCUGUUCUCUCUUUAUUCUGGUAAUUGCAGCUCUGAUCUGGGUACAGACUCUUGCUGUCUCCGCUUUUGCUAUGUAUGGACACAGUGCUGACAAACAUGAUGCUCCUGCUCUGAUUCUGUUUUGAACAUAGAGACCUGUGUUCCAGACUUGAUAUUUAAUAUUGGACAGUGUUAAUGAAUUCCAUGAAACUGCUUUAGUAUUACAGUGUCUGUCAAAAAACUGUGUAUAAUUUGGAGGGAUGGUGUAGAACUUUUGUGGGUUUGUUUCUUCUUAGAUUUUGGCAUGACCAGCAUUUAUUAUGACUCCUGAAGUGAAGUGUAGCUAGCAAUUGCUGAAGCUUGCAUACUAAGAAAUUAAGCUGAAUAGGUAGUGUUAAUGCUUGUGCAUUUAUAAAUGUAACUUGGUUCCUAACUCUGUAUACUAUUCUUUUUUGAGUAUUAGAAUUUAUUUGUGAUAUUUAUUUCAUAAAGGGUAUGCAAAAUUACUGUAAGCAUUUGCAUUGUAGGUAUCUCUAUAUAUCUAUACACAUAGCAAGGAGUUCAAACAGCUAUUUUAUGAGUAGUUCAGUGCUGAAUUAAUCCAUUCUCCCCACUUAUGGGCAGGAGUUCCAGGGCAGAUGAAUUUUACUGUGAAAUGGAAAAAGAAUUGUUAUUUGCACAAAGCUCACUAGUGACUGUGUAGUUGCUUUCAGUUUUGAUUGGCCAGUGCUCCAAUAAAUAAAGUGGAUGGUUGAUGGUUGAGAUGAGAGGUAGAUCCAAGAAUUAAGAAGAGUCACUCAGAGGAGUGUGAGAUUUGUAUGGCAGAGAAGUAAAGUUGUCCUAGAACUAAGCAUUUAUCCAAGUCAGCAGAAAACCAAACAGCUAAGUCUGGAUUGAAUAAGAUUUUUUUGGGAGUAAACUGACACUGUCUGUGACAUCUAUGUUUGAGCUGAGACUGAAUUUAUUACAACAGAAGUGCAAAUCAUACACCAUUAUAGGACCUGGUAAAUUGGAAAGAGAGGAGAGAAGAUAGGCUUCUACCACAUCAGAGCACAAGCCUGGGGUUAGCACAACCAUGCAGAUUUACUGUUGUCUUCUGGGGACUCUGAUGCUUAGCUAUGCACCAUCUUAAGCAUUUGAUUGAAACAGAAUUUGAUGUCAAAACAAAUCCCUGAAUUAAUAAGCAUUUUAGGGCAUAAAAUCUGACAUUGUAUUUAA